UUUACCAUCGAAAAUUCAUACAAUUAUAACUCUACACAGAAACAAUAAGAGAGAGAAUUUUGUUUGGUGAAGGUGUAAUGAAAGAUAAAGAAGCAAAGAGCUGAAGAAGAAGAAGAAGAACAGCACACCGACACUCAAAGGGUUUUAAAAGUGAAGAGAAGAUAAGCGAACCCUAUUCUCAACAGUUUUCAUUAUUUAGCAACAAUUCAAAGGGGAAAAAUGUAUGGAGAUUGCCAAGUACUUUCAUCAGUGGGAGGGAACGCUAUUCCCUCUGAUACUCUCUAUUCUUCGUCGAUCCAGAACCCCAACUUCAAUUUCAUGGCAAACAUUAAUCCUUUCAACAUUUUUUCUCCCAUUAAUGUGGCCAAAGAAGAAAAUGUUUUAGCAAAAAGCAAAGAGGAGAUGGAAAGUGGUUCCGGGAGUGAACACAUGGAAGGUGUGUCUGGAAAUGAGCAAGAAACCGAGGUACAGCCGCAGCCAAAGAAGAAACGUUAUCACCGCCACACCGCUCGCCAGAUCCAGGAAAUGGAAGCGCUGUUUAAGGAAUGUCCACACCCGGAUGAUAAACAGCGCAUGAAACUAAGCCAAGAUCUUGGCCUCAAGCCUCGCCAGGUCAAGUUCUGGUUCCAAAACCGCCGAACCCAAAUGAAGGCACAACAAGACAGGCAAGAUAAUGUACUACUAAGGGCAGAAAAUGAGAACCUCUGCUUUGUUUAUUUUCAGAAUAAAUGGAUGGAACUAUUUCCUUCCAUUAUUUCAAGAGCAAAAACACUUCAAGUUGUACAUUCCGGUGUUUCUGGACAUUCCACUGGUUCACUUCAUUUGAUGUAUGCAGAAUUACAAGUUCUUUCUCCUUUAGUGCCCACAAGAGAGGCUCAUUUCCUACGUUACUGCCAACACAAUGCAGAAGAAGGAGCCUGGGCAAUUGUCGAUUUUCCUCUCGACAAUUUCCAAACCAGUUAUCCACCUUCUUUUCCUUAUUACAGACGACGUCCCUCAGGAUGCAUUAUACAAGACAUGCCCAACGGUUACUCUAGGGUAACAUGGGUAGAACACGCAGAGGUCGAGGAUAGUUCAAUUCAUCCAAUUUUCAACCAUUUUGUGAGUAAUGGUAUGGCAUUUGGAGCGCAGCGUUGGCUAGCAGUUUUGCAGCGGCAGUGCCAGAGGUUUGCUAGCUUCAUGGCAAGAAAUAUAUCUGAUCUUGGAGUUAUCCCAUCUCCUGAAGCAAGGAAAAAUCUGAUGAACUUGGCCCAAAGGAUGAUAAGGACAUUCUGUCUAAACAUAAGCACAUGUUGUGGGCAAUCUUGGACAGCCCUUUCUGAUUCUGCUGAGGACACUGUUAGGAUAACCACGAGGAAAGUUACAGAACCCGGCCAACCCAACGGCUUAAUUCUUGGUGCUGUAUCCACUAUUUGGUUACCAUUUCCACACAACAAAGUAUUCGAUUUCUUGAGGGAUGAACAACGUCGAAUUCAGUUGGAUGUUCUUUCCAAUGGGAAUUCUUUACAUGAGGUUGCUCAUAUUGCAAAUGGUUCUCAUCCUGGAAACUCUGUUUCUCUUCUUCGGAUCAAUGUUGCUAGCAACUCAUCUCAGAAUGUAGAACUGAUGCUUCAAGAGAGCUGCACAGAUGAUUCUGGUAGUAUAGUAGUGUACACCACCAUUGACGUUGACUCAAUCCAGCUAGCAAUGAACGGUGAAGAUCCGUCCUGUAUUCCCCUUCUCCCCUUGGGAUUCAUCAUAUCUCCCAUGGGACACGCCAUUAAUGACUCCAGCAUCACCAGCGAAGACACAGAAAACGGGAACCUGCAGCCAGAUUCCGGUUGCCUACUCACCGUUGGACUCCAAGUUCUGGCAAGCACAAUCCCGACUGCAAAACUCAAUCUUUCGAGUGUCACUGCCAUUAAUCAUCAUAUGUGCAACACAAUUCAGCAAAUCAGUUCUGCACUUAGUUCUGGCAAUGGAAACGGCAACUGCCCAAAUAAUAACGGCAACUUCUUCUCGACUUCUGUGGAGCCACAGAACGCAGAACCAGUAUCUCCAACAAAGCAAAAUCGUGUCUCCAUGUCCUAGUUCUGCAGGGUUAUAGUCUUCUAGUAAAUUAACGAAGAGACAAUGCUGUAAUGAAGUAGUGUUUUGUUUGGUUGGAAUUGUGGAUUUAGGAAGUCAAGAGCGCACCAAUUGUGUUCAUGGCUACCUGGUAAGGCUAGACUUCUGCAGUUUCUUACCAGAUAGCAAUGGUGGUGGUUCGGGUAUUGACUUCUUUUGCUCGUUAUCGCUCCUCUUUGAUUCCUUUUGAAUGAAAUGGACUAUUGUCAUUUUA